UUUGAAACAAAAAGAUAUAUUGCAAUUGACUUUAGUCUUUGGUUUUUGGACGAAUAUCAUGCCCGAGUUGUAGACUGGAUUAUUGCAUAUAACCACGUUGGUUUACUCUCUGGUCUCAUAGAAAUUAUCAGGGGGAAAAGUCAACUCGUUGAAGGAAAGGUUUGUCUCACUGAUAAAAAUGGUCAGGGCAGUUUAGAAGUAUUAUUUGGUAAGAAUCUAGAAUCACAAUCUUCUUAUUUAAGUUUAGCUUGUUCAAGCCGCAGUUUGGAUAUGGUCAAACUGAUACUUAGUUGCGUGAAACACGAGUGUAUAAAUUAUAUUUAUGAUCGGAUUGUGUGGCCAUUAAUGACUGCUUCUAUGGUUGGCUGUACUGACGUUGUCAAAUUCCUACUUAAAGAAGGAGCAAAUAUCAAUUUGUUAAAUAAGGAAUAUUAUUCAUGCCUAUUUUUUUCUUGUAUGUAUGGCCGAUACGACAUAGCCGAAAUAUUAAUCAAAGAAGGCGCUGACGUUAAUUUGUGUACGGCAGAUGGAUAUACUCCUCUUGAUGCAGCAAUGUUAAUAGGAAAUGCACGUCUUGUGAAACUUCUUAUUACAAACGGUGCUGAUAUCAAUUAUGUGAACGUGAACGAGCUGUUUUCACUGUUUUAUGAAAUGGUUUUAGACAAUCUAGAUAUUCUUAAACUUUUAAUUGAGAGUGAUCAUAAUGUGCAUAUUAAUACCAAGUGUCUAUCUGUCGCCUGUGAAAAUGGUAAAAGUAGUGCUGUUGAGUAUCUAAUCGAUAAGGUAGAUAUCAAUCAAGUUGAUGACAAUUGUGUGCCUGCACUUCAUUCUGCUGCCAGUUCAGGUCAUCUUGGUAUUGUAGAAUAUCUUGUAGAACAUAGUGCUAACGUCAAUCUGUGUGACGUAAUCGGACGUACUCCGUUAUUCCACGCAUCAAUAACUGGUCAUCUGGAAAUUGUGAAGUUUCUAUUACAAAAUGGUGCUGAUAUCAAUGUAGGUGCUAGUUGUUUAUCUUCCGCUUUUGAAGUCGGCCAUUUAAAUAUUGUAGAUUUUUUCAUUGCCAAGAUGGAUGUUAACGCGGUCAGUGACAUUUGUGAUCCCCCACUCCAUUGUGCUUGUGGUCAAGGUCAUCUUGAUUUUGUUAAAUAUUUAGUAGAGCGUGGAGCAAAUGUGAAUUUAAUGAAUUCAAGUAAUGAUAGUCCACUCUACUGCGCUACAAAGAAUGGACAGUUACAUUUAAUUCAAUACUUAGUAGAACAUGGUGCUAAAAUAAAUCAAGAUAUUUUUGGUUAUGAAAAUGCAUCCCCUUUGUGCUGUGCUUCAAGUGAAGGUUAUCUGGAAAUUGUGAAAGAGUUGAUCAAGCUUGGUGCUGACGUCAAUCUAUGUGACGUAAAUGGAGCAACUUCACUGUGCUACGCAUCAAAAUCUGGUUAUCUGGAGACUGCAAAAUUUCUGCUACAAAACGGUGCUGAUGUUAAUGUUGGAGCUAGUUGUCUAUCUUUCGCUAGUAAGGGCGGUCAUUUAGAUGUUGUAGAAUGUCUCAGUGAUAAGAUGGAUGUUAACAAGGUUAGUGAUAUUUGUGAUCCUCCACUCCAUUGCGCAUGUGGUGAAGGUCAUCUAAGUAUUGUUAAAUAUCUAGUAGAGCAUGGGGCAGAGGUUAAUUUGCUAAGUUUUUCUAAUGACAGUCCACUAUGUUGUGCUGUGGAGAAAGGACAUCUUCAAGUUGUUGAAUAUCUUGUUGAACAUGGUGCCGUCAUAAGCCAUGCUAUUGAAAUUGCAAUGGAACGUGGUCAAGAGGACAUCCUAGAUUUUAUGUUAAAACAUUUGCACUAGGAAAGAAAAAAUAUUUAGCACUAUAUAAAUGUUGGAUUAGUUUGACACCAAAAAAAAAAAAAUGCAGAAACAAAUAAAGUCAUCAUGUAUGUCAAAUGUUAUUGCAUUUUCAAUACCAUUAGUU